AGAUUGGCCCUGGCGGAACUGACGCCAUAGUACUCCCGCUUCUUGGUCGUCCCGCGCCGUGUAUUCCUGAUUUUGGUCCAGCUUCACUGUUUCAGCAAUUAUGCCGCGGCACUGCGCUGCAGAAGACUGCUCGAACAGCGUAUGGUACAGCGGCAGGCCCGUGCAUACGUUUCCGCGUGAGCCCACAUUACGCAAGCUGUGGAUUCGCGCGGCCCGUCCUUCCCAGCCAACGUGGAAGCCCGCCAAAGGCGCCUGUCUGUGCACGGAGCACUUCGCAGACGAGGACUACCAGAGGAGCCCAAAGUUACUGGAAAGUCUGGGCUUGCCUGUAAAACAGCUCAGGUUGAAGCCUGGCGUGGUGCCAUCGCUUUUCACACGAAAACGCAAGCGAGAGCGGCACAGCGGCGCCGUGGAAAAACGGCGACGCAAAGAGAUAAUUGACGAGUUGAUAAAGGCACCGGCAGAAGCAACGGCAGCACUCCUCGCUGAAGAGGUCAGCACGUUGUCAACCUCUUCUGCUGACGACGCGGAACGAAGUCCUGACUCUGGACCAAUGCACGAUACAAGUGCUGCCAUCGAAGUACCUUGUUCAAGCUGGGCUUCCUUCAUCAGUAACACCAAACGGGCUCAGCUCGACCUUCGGAACGCUGCUACGCAGACCUCGGGCAUCUACAAAGAUAAAUGCACACAAGUCACCUUGAAGACCCUAUCACGGCAGUGCCAAACAAAUCCUGUCCUUGUGACACCACGAUGCUCCUCGCCAAAUCAUGUCCCCCUGGCUCCAUUGGAUUGGACGUUGCCUGUAGAGCUGACACCGCCACCACAGUCACUAGUGCCCAGACAACCGGCUCCACCGCCAGACCCACCGCAGCUGCCAACAAUAGACCACGAACUGCCAAGUGCAGGCCAGGAGGAAUCUGUUCAAGAGAGCCCCACGGAGCUGCCAGAGCCAUACGUGGAAGCAGGCAGCUGAUGCUAGCUUUACUGAUGAUGAUGUCAGACACCGGCUUCCUGAGGGAUGCACAGCAGAACACCGCACGCUAAGUGCGCUCAGUGAGCAUGAGAACAGCAAAAGCAUUGACUGCGUUUCCAAACGAAAGUUCAUUGUUUUUCAGUCCUGCUUGGACGAGCUGCGAAGUAAUUGUCUGGUGUGCACUGCACUGUGCCGCAUCACAGAGAGGAUAGAAGGGACGUGUCUCCGUGUGCAGAAUGUGCUACAAUGUCCUCGAACACACCUUUACUAUAGGGUGCCUACAUGUCUGUCUGUCUCAGGGUGAAGACAUCCAUUGUUGCUCUGAAAGUGCCAGCGCGUGACGUUCUCGCGUACUCGGUGCGUGACUUGGACGGUAAAAUGGCGUCUAUGCAUUAGCCAAAGCUACGCGCUCGAGCUGAGUGACACCGGAUUGCGCGCACUUCAAUAUGCAUAAAAAAACGAUUGGGCGGAAAAAUGGCUGAGAUGUCACCACUCAGGCAAAAGCGCGUGUGUGUAUGGAGGCACUCUACUUUACUAGCCAACCACCUGCCCCCUAGGGGAAGCUCUUGUCUUUCAUAUCUCUCCUCUUUUUAGGGGCGAAGCUCCUUAGGGUCUAGCCUUGUCUGUCCGGCGUCCGUGCUCACAUCGAUCUUGUUGCUGCUCAUGCUCGUGCUCGUGAGCUCACGUGGUCACGUGCUCGUGUCGGGCAAAAUCUAAAAUAAAAAAAAAAAGAUAUUGUGCAGUCGACAGGAUUCGAACCUGUGCGGCGAGACCCCAAUGGAUUUCUAGUCCAUCACCUUAACCACUUGGCCACGACUGCGGGACGAAUGGGGGGGGCUCUGAGAUAUGGUAGUAACUCAAGAGCUGGGGAUGUCAUGGAUGAAACGUUGCAUGUAGCCGCUCAACGUUUAUACAGGAGAGGGCACUGCGGUCAAAUGCGUAUAUAAUCGCAUUAAACUUUGCAUGCAUUGGCUCAACGUUUAUAGAUGAGAGGGCGCUGCGGUAAAAUGCUCAAAUGUGUAUAUAACCAGAUUCCAUACCACACAUUCUCUUUCUGACAUGGAUGAAAAUGAACGAAAGGCUCUUCAUGCUGCGGCUCAGCGUCUACGUAGACGAGCACCACCAGAGCUUCGCCCCAAUCAACAUCAUUCACCACGUGGAGAUGCGGUCAGUUUUUAAAUCAAUGGUUUUACGGGCGACACUUUGCAGAGAUUUCGACCUCGUCUCCUGUUGUCGCCACUACAGAAAAACCCUUCUCUUUGCUCUUGGCACGAUGCCAGGGAAGUCGGGUUUUCCCGUUGGCCGCUCCGACAUCCCGCCAGAAACAACGCAACCAAAGGAGAGUCUUCCGUGACGUCUGCUUGAAAUACUUGUUUCCAAAUAUUCCUCGCGUUAUGCGAAAUCCAACUUUGGCAGUAUCCAGUUGCUACACAUAAUGUUGGAUAGCUUUAGAAAGUUCCACCGCGCUUACACACUUUACGAAUCACCGAGAUCAGGUGGCGGUCGUCCAUGACAUGAACGACGCCUACCAGGACAAUUAUGAGAGUUGUUUACGUCGCUUCUCCAUUCUCAGGUACGUGACGGUACAUUUUGUCCUGGUUUUUUGUGCGCUUUAUAUUUCGCCAUGACCCACCACCAACUCGACCAGCUUGGCUGGUCGAGCUGGGCAAUGUGCUCGUAGAUGCAGCAAUGCUCGUCUCCGGGAGCAUCACCAAAAAAGUGCCGGCUCCUGGGCCAGACGAGCAAGCCCCGUUUCUCGUACAAGACACUUUAAGAUUCAGGGUGCCUUCCUUCUACCAGCUAUGAGACAGGUAUGGUAUGCUUCGAGGUUUUCCUUGCGGGCAUUUCUAAAAAGGGGUGUAUUGUAGGUGCAAGAAAAUGCAUAGGCAAUAUUUCAGGUUCAACACUGCUAUGGGAGCCUGAAUGGCAUAGUACACGCGUUGGAAGUGCUAUAUUUUUCUGCUGUAAGUCGCUUUCCUGUAAAUGGUUGUUUUUACAAAAAAGUUUGUAUACUAUAGGUCGCACAUCUUUAAACGGAUAGCGUGGCAAAACUGCAUUGAUAAGCUGUCAAAUGUGUGUUGUAAUAUAUGUGCAAGUGGGAGCCAGUUUCAAUUUUCUCGCAAACGAAUUGAGGGAAAAAUAAACCCCCGUGGGAAAUUUGUUCUGCUGGAAGCCGCUGUGGUUCCUGGGUGUGGAUUUUGAGGGAAAGCCGAUCCCUAGUACCCAAAGGCAACAUCCAAUGGAUCUAGAUCUGUUACGAUGCAGUAGAGACUACAGGCUCUGUCGUUUUUUAUUUGUUGUAACUGUUGAUACGGUUUUGCACAGCUACAGUUUAUACUUGUAGAAAAGAGCGAUGCAAGUUGCACUUUGUAUAAGAUUCACCGACAGAAAUUUGAAGAAGAACACGAAACUAGUACGCUAGAAAAUAUGGUAGGUAGUAGAGUCGAUAUGUUUCCUCUACGCCUAUUUUUAGCUCACUCCUGGGGCGGGAAGGUACCAACUCUGCGGACAAAGAGAGUACAUAGAGGUUUCAUGGGGCGCACUUCUAGUUCCCAAGACUCGCCACAUUCCAUGUUGGUGAAUGGUAGCCCUAUGUUUUUCUGUGCACGGAGGCAGUGUUUUCAGUUAGUUUUUAAUCUGCUUUGUGAUUGACUUCACUUGGGUGUGGGAACAAAUGGUCCUGGAACUAUUGGUCCCAGAAUUAAUGGUCCCAGAAUUAAUGGUCCCAGAACAGUUGGUCCCGGAACAAAUGGUCCCGGAACUAAUGGUCCUAAGUCCAAGGUAGGACAAAAUGGUCCCGAAAGAAGGUUGUUUUGAAACUAAGAUAUACCGUGCAAUAUACUUUAUCCAUUAGGCAAUCACUGAUUUCCUGGUUGAAUGAAGGAUCUCGUCUAUAUUUUGAAGCCAGUUACUUCGAAAAAUGUAGUCGGUUAUUGAACUUAAUUUCAUUUAAAUUCGUCAAAAGAUUUUCGAACGAAAAAUUUUUGAAACGAAAAAUGAGUACUUCUAGUCAUACUGUUGAAGAAGCGGGUCCACAUCACAUGAGCGAAUGACGUUUUAGCAAACAGCGACAUUUGAGUGAAUCGACGUUCUAGUAAAUAACGGCGGUGCGUAUUAAUCUCCCCCCCCCCCCCGUACUGCGCUUGCGUCUCUUUGUGGCAACGGUCUGCAGCAGCUCAUUACACAAAUGUUAACCACUUGGGCCACCCGUAAAAGCCCCUUCGCAGCGGCCGAUCGUUCGCUAAAGUGUCAUUCAGUGAAACCUUGGACGUUCGCUAAAACAUCAUUUGAUCAAGUGAGUGCCUCCCCCCUGGUCAUACCUGUUGAAGUCAUGAAACUCAAAUUACUCCCAUCUCGUCAUGACGCUUAGGUGUAGCAGACAUAACGGGCGGAGCUCGAUGGCUUCCUUAGGUUUCCAUAACACAAAGCAUUUCCGAGUUUCCCAGAAAAAUAUAAAGACCAGUGCAGUUCAAAGAACCGUCAGCCUCGAAAUUCUAAGCUUUUCUUAUAAAUUGGAAAUCGUAAAAUGUUUACUGGCGAGUGUUGUUGGAUUUUAUCGGAUUUAUCCGAAAACGCAGAAGGCCACAUUGGCGAUAUUUACCUGGGACCAUUUUUUCCUAGUUUGCACUUGGACCAUUAGUUACUAGGACCAUUUAUUCUGGGACCAUUUAUUCCGGGAUCAUUUAUUCUGGGACCAUUUGUUCCGGGACCAUUUGGUUUCCCCCUUCACCUACCGGAGAAGUGGGUAGCAUAAAGGACAGAUUUUGAUGUGGGGAAUAAGUAAAACAAUGAAAAAUAGAAGUUCCCCAGUCCUAUCGUAAAGGACAAUCGGCGAGUACUUUAUUUCAUACCUGCCAAGUCUCUUGUAUUACCCGGGAGACUCCCAAAUUUUGACCAAUUUGUACGGUUGUAUGAUCGCAACAAAUGGCUGAAAUGAUAGUGAGGCCCAGCCGUAUCUUGCUAGCAUGAGCAGUGCAAUAUAAAUGUAAUAAAGUUGUCUUUUUCUAAAUUUGUUGUUAAUAUUUCUUUUUAAAAAAAUCUCCCCCCCUCCCCCCCCUCCCCCCCGAAUUCUCCCAGAUUUUGCUUCUCCAAACUUGGCAGCUAUGUUAUUUUUGUAUGUAGUGGCAUUUCUUCAAAGGUAAGACAAGCCUGCGCUUGACACGUGGCCUCUCGGUAGCCAAACUGGCCUUGUCUAAUGCUGCGAGGGUAAAAAUAGCUGAACAGGCAGGGGUCUGUGUGACCUAAUCAAGUCCACAACUGUGCUUCGUGUGUUUCUGUACAAAAAUGGCUAAAGCUAUUUAUUAACUUGGCCACACACGGAUUAUAGAAAGUAAAAAAAGGCAUUUUGUUGAGCCACCUUAUAGUGCAUAUGUGCAUUCAAUAUUUAUAGGACUCCGAGUAUUACAUCACCUCAUUUUGAAAAGAAAAAAGACAAAUUACAUUUUUUGAAUGCUGCAGAUUUGAGACCGUUGUGGAAGCACUCUCUGUAUCAUGACAACAUGAUAUACCACAGGCAUGGGACUGGCUUAUCAGCUUUACCUAAAAGUGAAGUUGUGGAGGUGUCUGGGUUUGUCUAAGUAUGCUUCAGUUAUAUGCAGUAUGCUUAUUCCGAUCUACUAUUGAUACAUUGUCGCACAUUUUUCUUAAUUUUGAGGUUUCCUGUCUUUCUAGCCACAGAUAGGAGGUAAUAAUGUAGUUCAACGGUGCACAAGCCUAUUGACCUCACUGAACACUUGUCUGUUUCUUGAAUGAUGACCCAGAGUACCUCUUGACCUAGGCACUGACUCGGUAAGGCAGUGCAGAAAACCGCAGGCCUUGCAAACAAUAACACAUGUUAUAGGGAGCGCGCGACUCAGUUCUGCAUCAAUGCAUAGUUCAGAUUUGAUGAAAUACUGCUGGAACUGGGAAAAUGCUUUGUAGAUCACAAAAACAAAAUUUUUUUAUGCUAUGUUCGGGAUUCGUUUUUGU